GAAUGGCUUUCUUUUGAAGACAAUUGCUCCAGAUCCAUGAAACUUGACAUGUUCUUCAAACUCAAGAACUUGAGGGGUCUUUAUCUAUUCAAUAUAAGUUUGUUAAUCGAAAGUGACAACAAAAGUCGCACUUUUCCUCAAUUAAGGAUCCUAAUCCUAAGCUCAUGCAACCUUACGGAACUUCCAGAAUUCAUCAAAACACAAGACAAGUUGACUGUUCUAGAUCUUUCUAACAACCAUAUCCACGGUGUUGUGCCUAAUUGGUUGUGGAAGAGCUCUCUUCAAUUGGUAGACCUUUCUUUCAAUCCCAUUGAUUUUCCAAAACAGCUUCCCUUCGGUGAUGCAAACUUCUCUUCUCCGGUGCUGACGGAAUUAUACUUGGACUCCUGUAACAUACGUGCUUUUCCGGAGUUCUUACGGAGUCUAGAAAACUUACAAGUACUCUACGUCUCCAAUAACAGAAUAAGUGGUGCAAUACCAAACUGGGUGUGGAAGAGAAGUUUGAGUGAUCUGAAACUUGCUAAUAAUCAUCUCUCAUCUUUGGUCCAAGAUUUACCCAACCAGAGUUCAACUUCUUCACAAGCCUCUUUACUUGCACCUUUUUGCAAAAUGAGUCAACUUAGCUAUUUCGAUGCAUCUUAUAACAAUUUGAGCGGCACAAUUCCAAGUUGUUUAGGCAAUAUGAGUGCUCUCAGAUUUUUGGAUCUUCAUGGAAAUAACUUGAGUGGAAUCUUACCAAGAUUUUCAAAAGCAACCCCAUUAUGGCUUCUCAAAGUUAGCGAGAAUAUAUUGGAAGGAGAGCUGCCGAGAUCAUUGGCAGAAUGCACUCGGCUUCAAGUUCUGGACGUGGGAAACAACAUGAUGCAUGAUACAUUUCCUUUUUGGUUGGAGAACUUGCCUGAUUUGGCAGUUUUGAUAUUGCGGGAAAAUAGAUUCUAUGGUCAAAUUAAACAUUUGAAACAUAAAAUUGGUUUCCCAACUUUGGAUGUGUUAGACAUUGCUUCUAACCACUUUUCUGGUGAACUAUCCAUUGAUUUCCUUAAUGCCACUCAACUAAGAUCGCUCAAAAUCGGGGGGAAUAGAUUGGAAGGGAAGCUGCCAAGAUCAUUAGCCAAUUGCACAAAACUUGAGGUUCUGGACCUUGGAAACAAUAUGAUUCAUGAUACAUACCCGUUUUGGUUGGCAAAGUUGCCUUCCUUGAAGGUUCUCAUUCUACGAGGCAACAGAUUUUAUGGUACAAUUACAGGAUUUGAUGCUGGAAGUGGUUUUCCAAAGCUACGCAUAUUGGACAUUGCUUCCAACAACUUUUCAGGUGACUUGUCCAUUGAGUUUUUACAAAGUUUGAAGGCAAUGAUGCAGAUGACUAAUGACGAGAAAGCUAAGCUGGAUUACAUUGGAGGGCAGAACAGUAUUGUACGACGGUACUAUCAAGACUCUGUGACGAUUGUUAACAAAGGGGUUGAGAUGUUUUAUCAGAAAGUCUUGACCAUACUUACUUGUUUUGACCUGUCCAACAACAGUUUCCAUGGAAGAAUACCAGAAGAAAUACAAAUUCUCAAGUCACUCAGAGUGCUAAACUUAUCAAACAAUGGCUUCUCUGGAGAAAUCCCAUCGGCACUUGAAAACAUAAAAGACCUUGAGUCCUUGGAUCUGGCACAGAACAAACUUUCAGGGAAGAUUCCUCCACAGCUUACAAGUCUAACUUUCUUGGCAGCAUUGAACUUAUCUUACAACCAACUUGAAGGGAGCAUACCACAAAGCAACCAAUUCAAUACAUUUGCAAAUGAUUCUUACCGGGGGAACCCAAAAUUAUGUGGGCCACCAUUUUCAAGUAAAUGCAAUGAAGUUGGUCUUCCAAUGCCACCUCCUCCAGGGGAAGAUGAAGAAGAUUCAUGGUUGGAUGCUAUGUCUAUUUGGCAAAUUGCUUUGGUAGGCUAUGCUAGUGGUUUGGUCGUUGGGCUAUGUAUUGGAUAUACAGUGCUGAAUGAGUUGGGGAACAAAUGGGUUUGCAAGUUCAGAAUGUAUGGGAGGAGAAACAGAAAAACAUCUAGAUGACUCCAUCAGAAUUCAUGUUUCAAAAUCAUCAGGAUGUAGUUGAAGCAGGACACAUGGGACUACCAGAAUAAAGUUAGAAAAUGAUAUGCACAUGGUGCAAACUCUUAUCCCAGAAUUAGCAUGCUGCCCACAAUU